UCCAGGUUGACUUCAAAGAUGCCUGAGUUACUGAGAAACAUUAAUGGGAUCAUCGAGGCCUUCAGGCGCUACGCAAGGACGGAGGGCAGCUGCACAGCGCUCACCCGCGGGGAGCUGAAAAGACUCUUGGAGCAAGAGUUUGCCGAUGUGAUUGUGAAACCCCACGAUCCAGCCACUGUGGAUGAGGUCCUGCGUCUGCUGGAUGAAGACCACACAGGGACUGUGGAAUUCAAGGAAUUCCUGGUCUUGGUGUUUAAAGUCGCCCAGGCCUGUUUCAAGACACUGAGCGAGAGUCCUGAGGGAGCCUGCAGCUCUCAAGAGUCUGGAAGCCUCCAUUCUGGGGCCUGGCAGGAGCUGAGUGAAGGACAGAGAAGUGGCACUGAAGUGGGAAGGGCAGGGAAAGGGCAGCAUUAUGAGGGGAGCAGCCAUGGACAGAGCGAGCAGCCUUCCAGAGGGCAGAGCAGGCCUGGGGCUCAGACCCAGGGUCAGGCCACUGGCUCUGCGUGGGUCAGCAGCUAUGACAGGCAAGCUGAGUCCCAGAGCCAGGAGAGAACAAGUCCGCAGAUACAACGCUCUGGGCACACAGAGCAGACCCAGAGAGCUGGAGAAGGCAAGAGGCAUCAGACCACAGAGAUGAGGCCAGAGAGACAGCCACAGACCAGGGAACAGGACAGAGCCCACCAGACCAGUGAGACUGUGACUGGAUCUGGAACUCAGACCCAGGCAGGUGCCACCCAGACUGUGGAGCAGGACAGCAGCCACCAGACAGGAAGAACCAGCACCCAGACACAGGAGGCCACCAAUGACCAGAACAGAGGAACUGAGAUCCAUGGUCAAGGCAGGAGCCAGACCAGCCAGGCUAUGACAGGAGGACAUGCUCAGGCACAGGCAGGAUCACACACCCAGACGCCCACCCAGACUGUGGAGCAGGACAGCAGCCACCAGACAGGAAGCACCAGCACCCAGACACAGGGGUCCACCAAUGGCCAGAACAGUGAGACUGAGAUCCACGGUCAAGGCAGGAGCCAGACCAGCCAGGCUGUGACAGGACAUGCUCAGAUACAGGCAGGGACACACACCCAGACACCCACCCAGACCGUGGAGCAGGACAGCAGCCACCACACAGAAAGCACCAGCACCCAGACACAGGGGUCCACCAAUGACCAGAACAGAGGGACUGAGAUCCACGGUCAAGGCAGGAGCCAGACCAGCCAGGCAGUGACAGGAGAACAUGCUCAGACACAGGCAGGGACACAUACCCAGACUGUGGAGCAGGAUAGAAGCCAAACUGUAAGCCACGGAGGGGCUGGAGAACAGGGACAGACCCAGACGCAGCCAGGUAGUGGUCAAAAAUGGACACAAGUGAGCAACCCUGAGGCAGGAGAGACAGUACCAGGAGGACAGGCCCAGAAUGGGGCAAGCACUGAGUCAGGAAGGCAGGAGUGGAGCAGCACUCACCCAAGGCACAAUGUGACAGAAGGGCAGGGAGACAUACAGCCCACUGUGGUUGGUGAGGAAUGGGUUGAUGAUCACUCAAGGGAGACAGCAGUCUUCAGGCUGGACCAGGGCAACUUGCAUACCAGUGUUUCCUCAGCACAGGGCCAGGAUGCAGCCCAGCCAGAAGAGAAGCGAGGCAUCACUGCUAGGGAGCUGUAUUCCUACUUGAGAAGCAACAAGCCAUGACUCCCCCGACUCCAAUGUCCAGUACUGGAAGAAGACAGCUGAAGAGAGUUUGGCUUGUCCUGCAUGGCCAGCCCAGUGGGCGCAUCCCUGGACAUCAACUCUUUAUUAUGCAGCUUCCCUUUUAGGUCUUUCUCAAUGAGAUCAUUCCUGCAAGGAGCUUUCUAUCCUAAACUCCUCUCUUACCUGCUUUGCAGUGCAGACCCUCUCAGGAGCAGGAAGACGCAGAGCAAGUCACCCCUUUGUACUGAAUUGUCCUCAUCUUGUGGGGGUUUCAGGACUAUUUUUAUCUCUGACAUCUGUCUAUUUCCCAAUCUACCCUAAUGCAUCAAUAAAACCUUAUGCAACUGG